AUGUCGAACAACAACCACCCCCGUCGCGUUUUGACGCCAUGGGUGUCGAGGAAGCGUAAAGAGAGGGAAGGAUUUGACGCCCUUAAAGCGUCAACAACAACGACGACAACGACAUCCGCAGCGCCCAAGGGCGAGCCGGCCUCGGCUAACAAGCUCCUAGCCGGAUAUCUGGCUCAGGAGUUUCUCACAAAGGGGACGCUGCUCGGUCAGAAGUGGGACCCGGCUCGGUUUGAGGCAGCGCCUAUAAUAUCGACGGUUGCUAUUGAAUCGAGAAAACCGAAUCACCAUCACAGAGCAGCAGCCACCACCACCGCCGGUGAAGCUGUGGCGGAGCCGAAGCCGACAACGGCGACGAGGAAGGCAGCGAAGCAUCCAAGCUACGACGACGUUGCGAGACUACUGAAGGCGGAUGGGACCCAUAUAGCAGGGAUUGUCAACCCUAAGCAGCUAUCGGAGUGGCUACACAUGUGA